UAAAAACGCCCAAUACACGCACCUCUGCAACUUACCCACAACCUCUCAACCGUGCUCGACACCAUCAACCUCCAGUAAAAUGUCGGAGCUCAUUCCAAUCUCAACACCCCUUCGAGUUUUUGAAGAUCAUGAGAAGAGCGUAAGAGCGGUCGCAGUGUUCCCCAAUAAGCGACGAAUGGUUACGGGCUCGGACGACAAGACACUUCGUCUGUGGGACUUGGAGACAGGUGUUGUGUUGAAGAAGAUGGAGGGGCAUAGCGGCGGGGUGAAGGCAUUGGCGGUAUCACGAGAUGGUCAAAUAAUAGCAAGCGGUGAUGAAAAUGGAGAGGUCAUCGCCUGGCACGGAGAAAGUGGCGAAUCCAUUACCCAACCCAUCAAAGCCCACUCCGAAUGGAUCAGCUCGGUGGAUUUUUCUCCUGAUGGUACGGUGCUGGCCACUGGUUCAUAUGACCACACGGUGAAGUUUUGGUGUACCAAAACGUGGCAGAUGCAAGGAGAUCCAAUCGAGUGCGGUAAUGUCCACUGCGUUCGAUAUUCGCCUUCUGGUGAACUUCGAAUUGCCAUUGGAACAAAAAAGUCUAUCCAAAUUUAUAAUCCAGGCACAAGGGAAUGCGUCGCAUCUUUGACUGGUCGCACACACGCGUGGACGCCCGAUGGCACACGCCUUCUUUCAGUAGACCUUAAUCUCAUACAUGAGUGGGACACUUCAACCUGGCAGCAGGUCAGUCAUCCUUACCAACAUGCUGACAAAAUCAGGACCAUUGCCAUUAAUCCUGCUGGCACCCUCGUCGCUUCUGGAUCGAAUCUCUGGCUGCUCUCCGAUCGGCAAACUAUUGCUGUCUUCCAGUAUUCAUAUUCAUGUGUCACGUUCUCUGUGGACGGCAAACACAUCCUCGGCGGAAGUUGGGAUAACAAGAUCUCAAAAUGGGAAGUACCAAAGAACGCUAAUGCAAAGAUACUCACUAUGACGACAUUCCGAAAUGCAUGUCUAACGGAGGACCUGUCUACGGCUGAAGAGCUAUUCACCCAAGAGAUCGACACUGACCCCAACGACUUUAUCUCAUAUGCACAUCGCUCAUUUGUUAUGACCCGUAAACACGACUGUGAUGAUGCCCUUCGGGAUGCAAUGAAGUCCAUCAGCAUUCAGCCCUCGCUGACAGGCUAUAUCUCCAAAGGCAUAGCCCUCUGCGGAAAAGGCCACGUCCGGGAAGCAAGGAUAGCAUUGGAUGUCGCAUCCAUGUUCACAAACCAAGAUUCAAAAAUUAACCAUUUUCUUCUCUUGAUCAAGGCCAUCAUACUUUUCAAUGCAGAUCAACACGAGGAAGCCAUGCUGCUCAUCAAAGAGCUGGCUGCCGCUUGUUCGAAUGCUGAUCUUCUCGCGUGUCGUGUCGUGGAAGCAUAUCUAUGCGUUCAGCUUGGAACCAAAGCCUUGGAUAAUGCGCGUUACGAUGAAGCUGCUGAUCACUUCACUGCUGCUGUCAACUCAGGCGCUUUCUUAUCGGCAUUUAUUGAUCAGACAUGCCAGGAUUUGGUCGUGCUCUUUGGCUGGGAUCUCGAGUCUUUGUGUCUCACUGCACACCAGAAACGGUGCCAGGCGUUCCUUUCAGCAAGUAAACCUGAUGAAGCACUCCAAGCACACCAAUGCAUGAUGAAUGCCAUUGAUGAAUCCACGAAGGCCAGCUGCCUCGAUUGGUCGAACGAAUUUAAGGAAAGAUGUAGCGCGCUCGCUGAACAGAAUGACCGUAUUCUUGGCAGAUUCCCGGGCAAGGUCAGGAUGGCUACGAUACGGAACCCAAUUUCUUCCAUGGAAGGCAUCAACAUUCUCAAAUUUCCCGGCCACAACCUCAGCAGCGUCAUGGGCGUCUCAAAAGACUCAGGAACGCUAUGACUAGAACCCCACGUUCAGCUCCUCCACCUGCGCCACCUACUACCUCAACACCGGUAAACGCCACUACCACCUUGAAAAAACACCUACGACGCCUAUUCACCCUGCCACCCCAUCGUGCAACGCUACCCGUGGUCGACGUUUCUUUUGCCAAGGGUCGACUACGCAAUGCUGCAGCGGGUGCUCCUGGAAGUGAGCACUCCUUGAUACGUGAUGAAGACUAUGAUGGGCCUCCUACGCCAGAUCCCAAUACGCAACAGCAACCAGUAGUG